AAAAGCAUAUUUAUGAAUUUAUUAACACAAUCUCUACCACGAUAAAUUCUAAAUUGGUUAAAAUUAGGAUCAAUGGAAGACACAAUAUUAUACGCAAACGCCGCGGGCACGUGACAUUGCAAUUUUGUUGUGUUAGCAGUAUCACAGUCAUUGUCUUGAAUAGGUCGCAGAAUUGUUUCGAAAUCGGCAUAGAUAACAAACGGAAUGUCUUGUUUUCUGUUGUAGUUUUUAAAUGUAAUAAAUGAACCCUCUUCUGGUAAAACAGUAACAGUUCCUUCGCAUAAAUGACUAUUGAUGCGUUCAACUGAGUGGAAAAAUAACAAACAGUUUUCACAGUAAUAAACUUUUUCGUGAUGUUUAGUAAUUUGGUUUCUAACAAGACGAGUCAAGUCUUUGAUUAGACAAAAAUGAGAUGAUGUAUCGUUUUCUAGGAACAAAAGAUGUACAACUUUACGUUUAUCGUUCUUUAUGGUCGACUCUGAUUUGUAUAACGGACCUGUUAUUUCUUUACCAUUUUUUAAUCCAUAAACAAAAAUACUCAAACUAGGGUUAUUUUUUUCAAAUAUAGAAAUAUCUGAGAAAGUGAUCGGAAAAUUUAAGUCUUUAAUGUUUAGUACUUGUUGAAAAUGGGGAUACGAUGAUACCCGCUCUGGGUGCUUUUUUGAAGGAUACAGAGCAGCGGUUACACACCAUAAGAAACAAAAGUCAUCCUUGUUUUGUAUAUUGAGGCAUGCUUUUUUGUUUCUUAUAUAUUUAGGCAAUGAGAUAAAGCUGGAACCGCUUAAAGGCUGAUAUUUAUUUAUAUUUAUUUCAAGGUGUGAAUUGCUUAAAAAUGUCCAACCACUGUCUCUUUCUUCAAAUUCCCCUACUUUAUUCAACAGAAAAGAAACAACUUCGUUAUAAAGAUUAUCAAAGUCAAAAUUUAAGUGAAUUGUAAAGUUCUUUGUAGCAAACGACUUUACUUCUUGUACGUCAGUUUUAGGCAAAAGAAAAGAUAAAAAAAAUUCGAAGUUAAUUUUAACAGAAGUGUGGACUUGUAAGGCGUGAUUUACAAGAGAUCUAAUUUGUUUACGAAUGUUGUUUAAAAAUAAAGAAGUUUUGGGGUAUAAAACAGCGAAGUCUUUGGUAAAAAUUAUCAGAAGCAGAUCAAGAACCUCCUCGCCGAAAAGAGUUGAGUAACCCCCGCUCCUCAGUGAAGAGAGUUGAGCCCUGAGCGACACCAGCCACCGCUUACCAGCCCUGAGUCGGCCCCGGCGCUGUGCAAGUGAACACUUCAAGCUAAAACAAGUUCCACUUCUGAGCACUAUGUCCGAUUCAGAAUUUGAAGUUAUUCCGAAGCAGGGAUCUACAAAGAAGACUCCUGCUGCACGCCAAAUGAAGCGUUCGCGAGCCCCUCCGUCGAUUUCGUCGAUUGACCAGGAGAAUACAAAGAAGAAAUCAAAGACACACGACAUCUUCGGGCUAAGUCACGGGCGCACGGUCGGCAAUGAAGGAAGCGACAAGAGGAUCGUAUCGUACUUCGUGAACAAGGUGGCGAACGGGUCAGAGCGGCGUACAACUAGCUUGGAUGGCGAAUACGUGGUGGACUUGAAGAUAUACCAUGCCAACGACGUGAACAACACUGAUUCAAGAGAAGUCUGGCGCAAGGCUCUUCUACGAAUCAAGCUGCAGACUCCGGAUGACAGCGAUGAGUGGAAGUUGUUACAGAAGCUAGUUACACGAAUUGACAAAAACUUUGAAGAUGAACCACGAUUUUACUCUGACAAACUUGUAGAUUGAACACGAUUGAACAAAUAAAAGCAUUACUCCUUA